AUGUUUGAACUUAAUUCUGAGCAGUCUUAUGUGGUGAAGUUAGUGAAAGAUGGGCACAAUGUUUUAAUCACGGGUCAGGCUGGAGUCGGCAAAACUGAAGUAGUUCGGCAUAUCAUCCGAAAUGCGACUGCAGUUGGUAAGAAAAUAGCAGUUGUUUGUUCUACUGGAAUCGCGUGUGAUGUGUACGAGCCAGGUGUUGCGUCUACUGUAAAUUCACGUUAUGGAUUGCAAACCGGCGAUCUUCCAUGGAAACAAGUUGUUAAUAGAGCAGCACAAAAUUCUUUAGUUAUCAAUAAUGUUCGGUCAGUGAAUGUCAUUAUAUGGGACGAAGCUGGUAUGUCAAGUCAACGUACGUUCGAAAUUGUAAACGCUUUGCACCAUAAACUAGCUGAUGAUGAAGUGACAAAAUUACAGCCAUUUGCAGGUAAGCAGAUUGUUUUGGUUGGGGAAUUCUUGCAACUGAAGCCAGUCCCUAAUGCGUUUGACGAUGGUAGUUUUAUGUUUCAUUCCCCCAUAUUCACAUCCAUUAUACCUCACCGUGUCGAGCUCACGCAGGUCAUGCGCCAAUCGGAUGAAAUUUUCUUGCUUGCCAUAUCCGAGUUGAGAAUGGGGAAAUGUUCGCCAUCAUCUCAAGAGUUCAUCUCAAGUUUGGAAAGAAAUCUUCCUUCUGAAGUCGAUAAAGUUGCCACCCAUAUUUUUUUCCGCAAAAUGAAUGCCUAUUUAUUUAACCGGCAAAAGAUUGAUGAACUUCCAGGAGAAUUGUUGUCUUUUGAGGCAGUAUUCGUAAAUGACCAUUCUCAAUCCAUGACAUGGCCUGGCCAUAGAUGUUUACAAUUAAAGCCAAAUUGUAAAGUGAUGUUAGUCUGGAAUAUGUCUACCAACCUUAUGAAUGGUAGUAUUGGAACGUUUGUUGCAGCCAAAGACAACGUCCUAUUAGUUUCUUUUGACAAAAUAGGCAUCGUCGAGAUCGGUUGCGUAACGUGGAUUAAACGAAAUCGGAAUGGUGAGAAUGUCGGAAGCGUUACGCAAUUUCCGGUAAUCCCUGCUUACGCAGUAACAUGUCAUAAGUCCCAGGGACUUACACUACCCGCAGCUGUAGUACACUGCACAAGAGAAUAUGUACCAGGACUGAUUUACGUAGCGGUUUCCAGAGUGCGUUCGCCAGAUUCAAUUCAGAUUCUUGAUUUUGAUGUAAGCCAAUUACUGAAACCGUGUCCACAUGCGAUUGAAUUUUCUGCGUCACACAAUACAUGUGAUCUGGCUGAAAAUUUGUCUUGUUGUAGUCAACAGAGAUUGAGUGAUGACCAUUCGUUUAAUGUUCAUGAUCGAUUCUCAACGAUUGAAGAAGAAGCUGAUGAUAAGUUCCACUUUCCAACAACCAUGCUUGAUGGGUCGGUAUGUGAAAUGUUUGAAGAAGACUGUGUCAUUGCGUCUGUAGAACUGACUGAAGUGUGCGAACAGCUAAUUGAAUGUCAAGACCAACUUGCUUUGCCCUCUGACGAAUGUAUCGAAAAAGCUAAAGACUAUCUGGUCUCUCUCACGUCAAGAGAAUCAUUUUCCAAUUAUGUGGAGCAAGAAAGCACUGCUGCCAAAAAUCUUUUAAACACGAACAAUUCUUGGAAACUAGAUGCGUUCAUUUCAAUUAUCUGGUAUCAGGCUUAUACUUCUAUUCGCGAUCAUAUUGUCGAAAAUGCCGAUGACGAUAGUCUAAUUGUUUUUAAUUUACAACGGCAACAUUUCACAGAAGCUACAGCUAGGAUGCAUGCCUUCUUCACUGAUAUCCAGUUUGCAGGUAUUUGUGUGCCAUAUUUACAUGUAGCGAACCGACGAUGCCUCAAAGAUCAGUGGCUGUACAACUUGGCAAAGAAAUAUAUUUUAUAUUUCUACGUCAUUUGGCAAGUUUGA